UAAAAAAUUGGACAAUUGUCGAUGUGAGAUGGAUGAUGGUAGUGGAAUCAUUGAUUUGAAUGACAUUGAUAACAAGGACGGCACUCCAAGGUUAUGUGCCAAAUAGAUGCAAUACAGUAGCUGGAGCACCAACAAUAUCCUACUAUCCGUGCAACACAGGGGGCCCGUCGUUUACUGUCGAUAGCAACAACAAUGUUGUUCUGAAAUACCCAGAAACAACCUACUCAUAUUACACAAGGUCAACAGAAAUCACGCUUGUGUGUGAUUCAAGUGGACCAGUGACGAUUAGUCCUAUAAAUCAAUAUGUGCCUCCAGAUACCAGCUCUACCAGUGUAUUUCAAGGGACAUUGAGGGGAAAGAGUGGAUGCCCUGUGCCACUACUCAGUGAGAGGGACUGGAGGGACCGUGAUAAGAUGAUUUUCUGAAUGACCUGUCGUCCAUUAGAUAUUUUUUUAAAUUCCUUUCAACUGCAUGUCGAGGAAUGGAUUUGCGCUUUAAUACAAUCAGUUUAGAAGAUCUAUCUAAAAGACGUAAGAAAUGAGCUACACAUGUUCAUUAUAGUAUUAUAGUUCAAGAAGAAGACGUUUACAGACAAGAAUGUAUGAUUUUUUCUGUUUUACGAAUAAAACUGCUGGCUGUGAAACAUUUUGUAUAGUUUUGAAAUAAAAUAUUUUGUUGUUAUCGCA